CGGGGCGGUGCAGAGUGGUUUUGGCCCGUGCAGGGGGCCGCUCGACCAGUUUCGGCGCAAAUGUCCGCUAGCGACGACGAGUCCCGUGCAGUGGGGUUGCGGCCGCCCGCCUCGCCCGCCAUGCCGCAGACGGGACACUGAGGAUGUCGUCCGCCGGGGAUUCGCCCUGGGUCAUCUCCAAGAAGUACGAUGCCUGGGGCCCACCCGUCGACGCGUCGCGCAAGCGGGGCGGGGACGCCCUGGUGGCGUGGGGGGCGCCGCCAGGCCGGGGGGGCUACGGGCCGCGCCUGGGCGGCCUGGACAACAGGGGGUUGCCCGUGGACUUCAAGAAGCAGACGCAGUACAAGCGGCAGAAGCCCAUCGCGGGCGCGUCCAAGAGCACGGCGUCCUUCGUGGACUCGGCCAUGCCGCUCAUCAUGCUCAUGCAAGUGGGCAUCGCCUUCCCCGUGCAGCGCCGCGCCGACGGCAGGCUCCAGUGGAAGAUCCUGUCCCCCAUCUGGCUGUACACGCUGGUGGUGUACGGCGUGCUGACGGUGCCCGUCGUGUUCGCCGCGAGCGCGGCAGUGCGCCAGCUCGCUAAGGAGGACAACACCUUCCACGACCAGAUCUACAAUAUGACCCCCCUGCUGCUGCUGCACGCGCACCCGCUCUUGCCCUUCAUGCACUGGCUGGAGGCCUACUUCGUGGCCGGGUACUUCAACUCGUGGAUCAAGUUCGAGGAGCUGUUCCACAAGGUGUGCAGGCGGCCGCUGCACAUGGGGCUGCGGGGGUACGUGGCGAGGAUGGCGGCGUUCUCCUUCGCGGUGGCCGCCUUCCUGACGGGCACCAUGCCGAUGUACAUGAGCCUCUCCUGGCUGCAGUGCCUCGCCUACCUGCACCUGUACCUGCUCGCCAUCUGCCUCGUCUCCGUGUGGCUGCUGAGCUCCAAAGCGCUGUGCAUUGCGGCGGAGGCCCUGCGCGAGUCCAUGCACGAGAUGGUGGUGACGGGCGCGUGCACGGCCGAGCGCAUGGCCGACUACCGCCAGGCGUGGCUCGAGCUGUCCGAGCUGACGCAGGAGUCGGGCAGCGCCUGGACCUACCAGUGCGGCCACCAGCUGCUGUACCUCUUCCUCCUCAUGACGGUCACCUCCUUCGGCGUCCUCGCCGGCGUGGCGCGACACUCGCUAGAGGCCCGCACCCUGGCGUACGGCGCCCUGGCCGCCGGCUCCGCCUUCAUCCUCUUCAUUGUCUGCAGUGCGGCGGAGACGGCCGCCGACCGGUGGUCGUCUGGGCCAGGUGGCGGAGGUGCUGCGGGAGGACCUGCUCAUGGUGCAGCUCAGCGACGACACUCAGCACUUCAAGAACGAGGUGCAGAUGUUCAUGACCGCUCUGGCCAUGGACCCCCCCAUCGUGAACCUGAGUGGCUACGCCACCGUGAACCGCGCGCUGUUUGCCUCGCUGCUCGAGACCAUGGUGACGUACUUGGUGGUGCUGGUGCAGUUCGCCUACUCACUGGACUCCACCCCGGACAACAGCACCUCAGUGACGACCGAGGCCGCGUCGGUGAAGGUGACGGCCGGGCCGACCCCGGUCCCCACCCCCACGCCUAACGCGCCCUGAUCCCACUUCCUCAUAAUGUCGCGACUUUCGUGUCAGUGUUGACGAAUUCAAGUAAUUGUGUACCUUUGAAUAAAAUAGAGUAAGAAUUUUA